AUGGCUGCUCGGGCAUUUCUCUUCAUGCUAGGUCUCACCUCUCUGGCCGUCUCAAACCCCAUCGAUACGGAUCCGAUGCAAGUGGUGCCCGCCUGCAAUCUUUACUAUACCGUGCAGAAUGGAGAUACUUGCUGGGACAUUAUCUCACGUAAUGAGAACACCAUCACCAUGAAGCAGCUUCUGUGCUGGAACCCAGACGUCAAUCCCUCGUGCUCGAACCUUAUUCCAGGACGAUAUAUCUGUAUCGGGGUUGGGACCAACGGUCCUGCUUGCUAG